AUGGCCACCGAAGCGAAUCCGCGAAGCGGUUCGAUAUCUACAGCCCAGUCACCUAUAAUCACCAACCUCCGGGACGACAUUCCAAAGCCAGUGUGGAAUCCCGCCCCUGCCAUUGUCACGCUCUACGAUUUCCCCUCAAUGGAACCAAUCCAGUACCUCGAAUAUAAGCCUGAGCAUCUUCUCCUUCCUCUGCGCCGUGACAUAUUACACCGUGCUGUCAUCUACGAAGGUGACAAGACCCGACAAGGUACCGCGAGCACAAAAUGGAGAGACGACGUACGGGGUAGCGGACGCAAGAUCAGACCGCAAAAGGGCACUGGACGAGCUCGUCUGGGCGAUAAGAAGUCACCGAUGCUAAGAGGAGGCGGUGUUGCCCAUGGACCCCAUCCACGAGACUUUUCGACCGAUCUGCCACGAAAAAUUUACGAUAAGGCCUGGCGAACAGCGUUAAGCUAUAGAUACCAACGAGGGCAGCUCAUUGUUGUCAACGACAACAUCUCCCUAGAGCGCGGUGCCUCCGUUCACUUACUUCACGAUAUCUUCCAAACACACGGUUGGGGCAGAGAGUUCGGCAGGUCUUCUCUCAUUACCGAGGUCAAGAAGGAGAGGCUUUUCCGAGCUGUCGCAGAGAUUGGUCAAGAGGCAAGGGCUUUGGAUCGUGCAGAUGUUGAUGUGAAGGAUCUACUCGAGACCGGACGAUUGAUCAUUGAGAAGCAGGCCUUGGACAAGAUGCUCGCCCUUCACUCGAGUGACCUUGGCCGCCCACUGGGUAACAUGUGA